AUGAUCCAGCAUGGACAGCAGCGCACGCAUCAUGCUGGUUAUCAUUCUGUUCCUGCAGGCCAUCACAGCAAUCCUGCCGGAACACCGCCAGCUCUGCCUCCUCCUUGUCGUGCUCCUCCUCCUCCUCGUCAUGCUCAGGCUACAGCUACAUUUCCAACUGGCCAUGCAACAACACACAACCAGGGAGGUGCUCAAGGCCAGCAACAGGAGAGCGGUUUCACACUACAAAACGGAAAUCGAAACGAUUUGGCAACUAUAGUCAGGGAAGCAAUGCAGGCAAAUCUGGAGGUAGUGCAGAAGGUAGUACAGGAGAAUACUCGUCUUGUGCAACUACUCUGUCCGCAGCAACCUAUGGCAACACAAGCGGCAGCCACACAGAAUCAGCCGAUUCCUCAGCUACAAGAAGCCCCGAACCACCGCUUAAUUCAAGACGCACGUGCCCCACCGCAGCAUACGGAUACUCCUGGGGACUUGCCUGCCAGCCACCCCACUCGCCCCUCACCGAUGCAGCAAGUGCAACAAGGCCAGCCACAGCAGACAUCAGCCACAGCAGACAUCCCACAUCUCACGUGGGAGCAAUGGUAUGAACAAUUGAUACAAUUCAAGCAGACACAUGGACAUUGCUGCCCUCAAUUCGAACAUGGCAAUAAGCUCUACUUCUGGGCUUGUGGGCAAAGAACUCAAGCAAAACAUCCUCGUUAUGAUGACAACAAACGUGUCAAGCUAGAUGCCAUCGGGUUUAUUUGGGAUCUGAGAGAACACAACAAAUGGAAGAAAUACAUCCAAAGGCUGAAACAGCACAUCAAAGCAAACGAUGGAAGAUUCAGUCUGCCACCAAGGGACAAAGAACUCCAUAUUUGGUUCCGUGCACAAAUUGAAGAAAAAAGCAUGGGUUUGCAGAACCAUGCCAUUAUAUCACCAACAUGGCUUCGUGAGCUGCGGGUCUUGUUGAACUUGGGUGUCUUUGGCGACAAUCAAUACCAAGAUCUCCUUGAACCAGCCAAGAAAUUGCUAGAGGACUUCUCUGAAGAUCUCAACAGAGAAACUAGUGAAGAAGAACACAAUGCCAGCGUCGAGGAGGAGCCUCCAGUUGGCGAAGCCAAAGGGGUGGCUACUGGCGUGAGGCAACUCCUGGUACCUGCAGCCAUUGCUGCCUCAACGGGACCUGCGAAUUCCAGUGUUACAGUGAAUGCCAAAUCUCCCAAGGGCAAGCAACACGGCGAUAGCGAUGAUGCUGUCAUUCUGAUUGAUGACAGCGACGACGAUGCGCCACCUUCAGCUGCUGCCCCUGUGAAUCCCAAUGUGACGGCCAACGCCAACAAAGCACCCCCAAAUGAAGAGACCCUGGCACAAGGUGAGGACACGAUUAGUGAUGAGAACGAUGAUAAUGUUCCAAUCCAACCUCGCACGGUGGUGGAACCUCUCACCGAAGCUGAGGUGGAACACGAAGAAAUGACGCAAAUCACCAUGGAAACAAACCUCAACAGCAAUGAGGAAGACAAGGCAGAACAACCACAACAACAAGACAUUGAGAGGGGAGCUGUCAAUACUACAACUGUCAUUGUUGUUCCAGCAGCACAACAAGACGCUGGGACCGCCCCUGCUCCAGCUCGGGUCCCCCCUCAGCCUCCUACUGAGCCAACUGCGGAGCUCCCUCCUCAGCCCCAUGUGGAACCGCCAACCAAUCCUCCUAUUGCUGCCAUCCAGGAACACAACAGUGAGCCGGCUGUGAAUCAUCUUAUUGCUGCAAUCAGGAAGAGUCACUCUGCCAACUUUAAUGCUGGAGAAUCCAACAAGACCAAAAUUGAUCCUCCGGUAACACUAACAUGGGCUAGCACGCAAAAAAGGAAAUUGAAGGAGAUUGAUCCCCCAGAAGUGGCAGGAAUGGCUUCCACAACCACUGCUGUGGCACCCCCACCCCAUUUUUUAAUCUCAGCAAGAGGUGUGGACAAGGACUCACAAGCUCCUGAUGCCAACAGCAACACAAACGAGCUUCAAGCAGCAUUAGAUCAUUCAUUGGCCAAGUUACCGGCCAUUGAGGAUCAGCAGGACUGGGGCAGCAAGAAGAAAGCAGCCAAGCUUGAAAUUGCCAAGGAAGGAUUCCCAGAAUCACUGGCCAUUGCAUCCAGAAAGGAAGCUGUCAUGUCAGAUGCUGAAAAAUGGCAGGAAUUCUCUCAUUCCAGUCGCUCUAUAGUAGCAAGAGCUGCGGGAGCAGUCAGCAAAAUGACUACACCUUCUUCACCUUGGAAUGGGGCCCACUGCUUUUCCAGCAGCAACAACAACAAUACCGCUACAGUAGGGGCCAGAGCAGCAGCAACUGUCCCAGCUCCUGCCACUGCAACAGGGGCCAGAGCAGCAGCAACUGUCCCAGCUCCUGCCACUGCAACCGAUGGGGAUCUUUCAGAAGAGUUGCUUUUCACCAUCUGGGAGUAUUUGAGCAUUCUGGAUCUUCCUCAGAUGAAAUGUGUGUGUUGUUCUUGGCGCCAAGUUUUGAAAAAGCGGGAUUUGAGGUUGCUGUUGGUGACCUGCUCUGGUGCCAAUGAGUUGGUGCUGCUGUCAACAUGCACAUCCUCAAGAUACAGUUUCAAUAGGAUAGUGCAACGGGUUUCCGUCUCCCCCAAAGGCACAAAAAAACACCAAACACGACAAUCACCAACCAAUUCUGCCCCAUGGCCUACCUGUUUGGCAUUGGGGCCGAAGAACAUGCUAUUUGUGAGUCACUACCAAGUGCAAGGAGUUCGUGCAUUCAGUUCUGGUUUUUCUCAAGGCUACGAGUACCAAAAGGUUCUUGCCAGCCAUCCAAAGAAGUUGGAAUGCCCUGAAGGAUUGGUAGUUGGGCACAAUUGCGUCUACAUUGCUUCAGUGACGGCUGGCCACAUUGUCCGACUUUCCCUGUCGAAUGGAGCUUUGAAGGAGAUGGCAGGACCAAUGGAUGGACCCUGUACUGUCCACAAUUGGACUCUCUGGGGAAUGACCCUUAGCCCAUGCAAAUCGUUCUUACUCAUCGCAGGGCAUCUCUCUGACGGAGGUGAGAAUGUGGAUGUUCGACAACCAACCCCAACCAACAAUGGUGCCAUUCUACGCUUGGAUCUUGAAGAUGAUGGAUCCUUCCGGAAGAAUUCACAGGGGGAAAUGGGCUACUAUCCUAUGUCUUCAAUGGCCUCCCUUCAACUCAACAGGCCCAGUCAUCUACAAUUCUGUCAGCACGGAUUUCUACAUGUUGCAACAUACUGUUUGUCUGCUGUUGGUGGAAGGAGGAUCCAAAAAUGCAAAGUGGAGGCAUACCACGAUCAGAAUCCCAACGAGCCAUUCCUGCACCAUGUGGGGUGGCUACAAGAAGCCGACAACAUUGCUGCUGCUUGGGGGAUUUCCUUUUCCCAAAUGAAUGAUGGGGUCUUCAUCACAUCAUCAACAUGUGGUCGUGUUUAUGAAUUAAAAAGUUGUGGUUGUUCCAAGGUUGUUGAAAAGCAUCACCAAGUGGUGGCAAAGUACGAGGAGUCGCAGCCACAAGCCAUUUCCUGUGGAGAAUUGACAGUGCUGGUGGAUGGCACUGUGUUUGAUCAGCCCGCAAAUGUUCUUGCUUUGGAUUAG